GUUUUAUCUCACUAUCAGCAUCUUCAUGAAUUCGGAAGAGAAAUGUGACUUUUGAUUUUGUUUGUUUGUUUAUUGUGAUAGAAAAAAGAAACCAAAAAAUGGCGGGUUCGUAUUUAUCGCCCCUUCCCGGGGAUCUUCUAACGGAGUACAUGUUUGGGCGUAGAAGACAAAGAAGAAACAGGACCACAUUCAGCCCACAACAACUUCAGGAACUGGAAACCUUGUUCCAGAAAACCCAUUAUCCUGAUGUUUUUCUUAGGGAAGAAGUUGCGCUGAGAAUCAGUUUAUCAGAAGCACGAGUGCAGGUAUGGUUUCAAAACCGUAGAGCUAAAUGGAGGAAACAAGCUAGAUUGCAGUUGUUGCAAGACGCCUGGAGAAUGAGAUGCCUUGGAAUAACUACUUCUCCAUUGCUUCUUAGCGGUAGAUCCAAUGGACCUCCACCUCCAUCGAGUGCACUAGGACAUCCAGAAAAACCUAUGGAUAAUGCAUAUACCACAUUAUUGCCACCAGGCUUACCACCUCACUUUCCCUGUCCACCUAGAGAUGGAACGCACAGUCCCCAGAGCAUGAGGAGUUCUCCAAGUCCUAGGAAUGACACCCCAGAUAUUCCUGACGAUCUUUCAAUGGCCAAAAACACGCAGCAACCACAAAUUGCCGAGAAUCCACAAAUUCAACGGCCUGGUCCGAUGGAGAGGUUCGAACCUGUGAAAAAUAGCGAAAUCGGUCAUUAGAAUACCCAAGAACAUCGUU